AAGUACCAUUCAUGACAAGAGAAAAUUCAUCAGUCAGUUUGCUAUGCUUCUUGGUCACUACAUGGGUGUGGCUAAAAUGUUGGUCUUGUUCCUUCAGCACCAUAGGUUGAUGAAAAUAAAAACUGACCUCCAGAAUGAAACCUUCAGAUAUUCAAACUUUGGAAGUUUUCAGCCAGAAAAGAUGAUGAUUGAGGCUAAGAGGUUCUGUUCCAAAGUUUCUGUAAUAAUUUUUGCUUCGUACUUUACGAUCGCAGUUCUGUGUUUUGUAAGCACAGUUAUCCGUCUAGAAGUGGAAAAUGAUGGAGAGACGUUGAAGGAUAAGACAUGUUAUGACUACUUGCCAUAUAUCUACUACAUUCCUUUUGACGAGACUACAAAGACUAAGUGUAUAUAUGCAAGUUUAUUGAUGAGCUACAAUAUCGUUAUUUUUUCUGGAGUUAUCGCAUGUCAUGACGCACUAUAUUUUGCUUUCGUAUACUGUCUGAAAACCCAAUUUCUGAUACUUGGAGGUGCUAUACGUACCAUAAGAGGAAGAGUCCUUCAGAGGCUUAAUUUGCCUUCAAAUUAUGCUGUUUUUAACGACGAUCAUCAUCCAGCUUUAGAAAAGGAAAUGUACAACGAACUUAUAUUCGUAAAUAAGCAUUUCAAAUUACUAAUCAGUGUUACCAACGAAAUUGAGAAGGCCUUUACAUAUCAAACUCUAGCCCAAACAAUCGUAACGCUGAUUAUGAUAGCAUCAUCUCUAUUUAUUAUGUCUAAUAUUCCACUGAACUCUAUUGAAUUUUUCACACAAGCUGAGUAUUGCUUGUGCGUUUUUGGAUCAGCGAAUAUUUUGUACUGGUCAGGCACUGGUAUAAUAGUUGCGAGUGACGAUAUUAGCCAAGCCUUAUACGAAACUGAUUGGUUUAGUAGCAGUAGAAGAUUCAAAAAGGCAGUUUUGAUUAUCAUGAGUCGAAAUAAAACUCCCUUAUGGCUUACCAUAGGCAGGUUUGUUCCUUUGAAUCUCAGCGUCAGUGCAACGGUAUGUAAAGCCUCUUAUUCGUACUAUGCAGUUUUCAAGAGGGUUGAAGCAAAUGCAUAAUUUCGUGAUCAUUCUUCAUUUAUGCAAAG